AAGUGCAUCACUGCAAAGUGAGCUCAAUUUAAGCUCUUUGGUCAAAUCUUCAUUUUCAUAUGCUUUUUGUGUUUAUUAUUAGCACAAAAAACUUGCUCUCUAUGUCCAGAGGGCUGGGUGAGUCUUCAGUCCAAGUGUUACUUCUUCUCCACCGAUUUACUGGAUUGGCAGUCGAGCCAAGAGAAGUGCAGGAGUAUGUGUGGACACCUGGUGAUAGUAGAAAGUGCAGAGGAGCAGAAUUUUUUAGAAAAUAAAGCUAAAGAUUUUAAUUAUGGGGGUUAUUGGAUUGGCCUGACUGACCAGAAGAAUGAGAACACUUUUGUUUGGGUGGACAACAGGCCUCUAGACUCAAAUAACGGGUUUUGGGACCAAAAACAGCCUAAUGGUAAACGUGAUGAAAACUGUGUGCAGCUAUGGGGAAGAAAUCAGCAAAAACAUUGGCAUGACUACCCAUGUGGAACUGUAGCAAAAAGGGUCUGUGAGACCACUGCAUUUCUACUUCACAAUUAAACUGUUAAGAGUUUCAGGCAAAGAGAGAGCUACCAUCUUCAGGCAUAAUGAA